GUGCGCAUAUUUCAAAAUUGGAGAAUUACAAAAUGUCCUCAAGUACAGCGAAUAUUUCUCGUCUUGCGCGGACAGAAAUACCGUAUUUAAAGAACUACAAAGCUUAUAUAGGUGGGAAAUGGAAAUCUGCUGCGAGUAAUACAACAUUUCCCGUGUUUAAUCCUGCGAACGGCGAGAAAUUGGCCGAUGUUUCAAACUCGGGUCAAGCUGAUGUUAAAGAAGCGGUGUUGGAAGCUGCACAAGCAUUUCAAAGCUGGAAACUGAGGACUGCAAAGGUAUUUGUUUGUUAUUAUUGCCAAAUUAUACACGUUUAACUUUUUAAUGCAAUAUAUGUCGUGAAAAAACAAUUCUUAUGAAGCAUGAAGCUAUUACAAAACAAUGAAAUGUACCCCCCACCCCCCUGGCACACCCUUUCCAAUUUGUAACUUUGUAAUCAAUUUCUUCAGAUGUAGCAUAUAUAGUGUGUCUUUUACUUCACUCACUAGAGUUUGGUUCAAUCCUGCAGUAGUCGUCUGAUUAUAAUAAUUUGCCUCGACAUGUGAGUGAAGGGUUUUGUGGCUUUUGCCCAUAUCAAAUACUGUCAAGAUUCCAGAGUUAGAGUAACCUGAACAUUCCUCGGAGGGAAGUUGUAGCACCCUUGGGAGUGUUUCAUAUAAACAAUUUUAAGACGCUAUUAAACUUGCCCCCAAAUCUCAAAAUUUCAGUGCUUUUACAUGAUACCAGCUAUUUGGUUUUUAAAUGGCUGUUAAUGCGCCCUUGGAUACUGUUUUGUGCCCCUGGUCCUAAAUUUGUAGCUUUUGCACCAAUGAGAUCUCAUUAAAAACUGUCCAACUCUGCAGUCUUGAACACUUUCUGAACUAGAAACACUGCAACAUGGCCAAUAAUAACCAGACCCAUUCCAAUUUCUUAAAAUAAAUUUCUAACGACCCUACUAUAACAGCCAAUGGGCUGAGGAAAUAUACCCUACUAGCAGUGCAGGGAAAAUAAAAUUGUCUGCCAAGCAGAAUAAAUGCAGAUAUUUGCCCUUGACAUUUGCUGUAUGAAAAUUUAGUAUAUAAAAUCAAUAAUCAGAUUAUAACACAUGUUUUUUUUUUACUUAAUCAUAUAAGAACUGAAAAGGCAGCAAAUAUUAUUGUCUGUUCAAAGGAAAGAAGCCGUUAUCUUAAAAAAUGGAAUGAGCUUCUCAUGGAAAGAAUGGAGGAUAUCACAAAAAUCAUGACAAUGGAACAGGUUAACUUUUACAAUUUGAAAAAUUUUCAAUUUAAUUAAAAUUUUCAAUUUGAAAUUUGCAAAAUACUAUUUCAUACAUUUUAGACAUGUUUUAUGCCAAUCUGUGAGCUGCAGAUUUGGUAUAAUUUAUGUCAUAGAGGACAAUGUUAAGAGGUCUUGCCCCCGCCCCCCUCCUUAGUUUUGAAAGAAUUACAAAAUUGGUCCUGAAGAAAAGUGGGGGGGAGACCCAGAUCACCCCCAUUCCCUCCCCACAUCUCUGGCAUUAUCUAGUCAAAAACCCUUGCCUUGAACAAAAAUUUAUCUUAAGUUUGUUUCGCAGGGCAAGCCUAUUGUGGAAGCUAAAACGGAGGUGGCUUAUGCAGCGUCAUUUAUUGAAUGGUUUGCUGAAGAAGCAAGAAGAGUUUAUGGCGACCUCAUUCCAGCCCCGACUGCAAACUCAAAAGUUGUGGUCAUGAAACAACCUGUUGGAGUAGCAGCACUUUGGACACCAGUAUGAUUCUAUUAUAAUUGUGGUCUUUGGCUAAAAGUGAAUUAAGGUGCUUUAUAUCAUUUAGUUUAUAUGACCACGCCCUUUUUCUGACUCUUGUUUUUGUUAUCAACAUCUAUAGUGGAACUUUCCCUUGGCCAUGUUGACUCGGAAAGCAGCUCCCGCUCUUGCAGCCGGAUGUACUGUGAUCUGUAAACCUGCAGAAGAUACGCCAUUGACUGCCUUAGCACUUGCUCAGGUUGUGUAUUGUUUGUGUGUUUGUUGGUGUGUUUGUUUGUUUGUUUGUUUGCUUGCUUGGCUUGCUUGUUUGCUUGGCUUGCUUGUUUGUUUGUUUGUUUGCUUGUUUGCUUGUUUGUUUGUUUGUUUGUUUGUUUGUUUGUUUGUUUGUUUGUUUGUUUGUUUGUUUGUUUGUUUGUUUGUUUGUUUGCUUGCUUGCUUGUUUGUUUGUUUGUGUGUUUGUGUGUUUGUGUGUUUGUGUAUUUGUUAUUCUGAGACACGUUACCACGUGAUAACAGCAUCAUAUCGUCUCCUGCAGGUGGCAGAAGAAGCAGGCAUUCCUGCAGGUGUUUUCAACAUUGUGCCCUGUUCACGUGACAAUGUGGAUGAAGUCACCGAUGUUGUCAUGGAAAGUAAUCUGGUUACAAAAUUUUCAUUCACUGGAUCAACUAUUGUAGGGAAGGUUAGUUUUCGUCAGGAGAGAUAGUUAGAAUAUCAAAAGGGACUUGAGGGUACUAAUUUGCGACGAUUCCUGACUGUGUUAUUUCCAUACCUUCUGUUACCCGUUCGUAUUGGCAUUACUUAUUCCCCAAAUUCAAAGCUCUGUGGAUUUGCUUCGUGUAACUGGCCUUAAAUUUUAACACGUCUGAGAUUGAUCACCAUCUGGGUCCAAGUAACACCCACAGAAAACUACCAAUAAAAAAUAUAAUGGUACAACUAUAGCCCGGAUGAAACGUGGAUGAGAGUGCAUGAGAGUUGGCAGUCACGCGAGCUUGGUUACCUGUUCUUAAAGCUUUCACAACAUAUAUUGUGAAGUACGACUUGGUUACAGAAAGAUUGCCAGAGAGUACAAACUAUCAUCAUCAAUCAAGCCACGAAGGUAUAGUUACAUAUGGGGUGGUUACAACACAAUGGACCUAUCAGUGGACGAAAGCGGUUUAUGGGUUCUGUAUUCGUGCGCUGGUUACAAUGGGCGAUUAUGUGCUAUACUACUUGAUCCAUUGACCCUUCGCUACCUGGAUCAAUACUGCGGUAUUUCCUCUGAGCCCAAGAACAAAAUGGGGAAUGCAUUUGUCGCGUGUGGUGUUGUUUACAGCAUCGAUAGCAACGAAAGCUUGUCGUAGUUGGAACACCCAUCAAUUUUUUUUAAUCUUCUUUAUCUUUUUUUAUUAUAUAAAGUAUAGUGUUUUAUAGAGAUUUCGAGCACUGAUAAAACUGAUAAUCUCACAUGUGAGAUUAUUCAUGAUAAUCUCACAUGUGAAAAUUAUCGCUUUUCAAUUAUCGCUUUUCAAUUAUCGCUUUUCUGUAAAAAUUGUCGCUUUUCAAAGAACGUACUUUAUAUAAUAAACAGAAAAAUACAUGGGUGCUUGGAAAUACCAGAUUUAUUUCUCGUGUUGAACAUGAUAUCUCACUCGUUCUCUGCGCUCACUCGUGCGAUAUCAUGUUCAACACUCGAAAUGAAUCUGUUAUUUCCGCACACCCAUGUAUUAUUCUCUAUUUAAUCGGAGCUUGAAAUGUAGUCGGCAAUGGUUUUGACCGGGGGUUGUUUAUUUAACUAACGCAUAUACCUCACUAAUCCUCUCGCCUCACUAAUCCCCUCGCCUUUUCUUCCAGUUAUUAUUGAGGAAAUGUGCAGAUACAGUAAAGAAGGUUUCUGUUGAACUAGGUGGCAAUGCCGCCUUCAUUGUAUUCAACAGCGCCGAUGUGGACGCCGCGGUUAAGGGAGUUCUGUCGGCCAAGUUCAGGAAUUCUGGACAAGUGAGUAAAAUGUGUAUGGUAUUUUACAAUUUUUUUCCAACUUAUCAAUGCUACACUGAAAUUUUAAAAUUUUCUAGACAUGCAUCUCGCCCAAUAGAAUCCUCAUUCAAGAAGGAAUUUACGAUCAAUUCUCGGCAAAAUUAGUAGAAGGUAUUGUUUGAACCCACGAUAAAGGUCACAGACUACAAUGUUCCUCACUGUAAAACUGAUAGAGCUUUCCUGUAUAAAUACAGUUAGUUUAGCAAACUUUAGCUCAUUAGUUUGUUUAUGUUUAAACUAGGAAUGAAGGAAUUGGUAGUUGGCAAUGGUUUGGAUACAAAAUCAAGUCAAGGCCCUCUCAUUAAUGAAAAGGCUGUGUUGAAAGUUGAACGACAUAUUAAAGAUUCUGUAAACCAGGGCGCCCGAGUCAUUUGUGGUGGAAACAGACUCGAAGAACUGGGUGGCACAUUUUUUGAACCCACUGUACUUACGGACGUUACUAAUGAGAUGCCUGUCAGUCGUGAAGAGACGUUCGGGCCCGUAGCUCCACUUUUGAGGUAUGGAAAGUUAUUGCAUGUCCACUCAAGUUCUGUAUGUGGUGUGUUGGGGAUGGCGUAAAGCCUUCAAUGCUUCAUAUGGAAAAUUUCUGGUGCAAUUUGAAAAACAUACACCCGUGAGUUUUUCAAAGACUUCAAAUUGCACUCGUCCUUCGGACUCGUGCAAUUUUGAUAUAGUCUUUGAAAAACUCACUCGUGCAUAUUUUUUCCAAAUUGCACUCGAAACCAUAGUAUUACCUCACUCACAUAAGUUUUCCGGUUAGCUGAGUACAUGUGAACACGGCCUAAGUAAUGGCUGACUUUUACAGGACUUCUAUGGAGAACAGUUAAGAACUGAUAGAGCUGUCAAAUAUAAGAUAAAGUGUAAUUUAGUUAAAUUUCUGUUUCAGAUUUAAAAACGAGACUGAAGCGAUUGCAAUGGCAAAUGCGACGGAGUCGGGUUUAGCAGGUAAGGAAGACAGAACGAAAAUUAAACUAGUCAAAAGAUCGAAAAGCAAACUUUCAAACUCAGAUGUUUUGUAAUUGUAUUUCCUCAACUCAUUAAUUAUUUGAUCGUUCUAAUAAACGUUGAUAAAUUAAGGUCCAGACACACCGGACGCGAUUAAAUUCGACAACGCGACGCGAUUUUUCGAUUUUCACUGACCGAUAACUUUGAUUCUAGUUUAAAUUUUCCAAAUAUUUAGAACUAGAAGCGUUAUAACAUUUUGAGUUAUUUGGUCUACAUAUCUUUCAAAGUUUGCUCCCAUUGACUGUUUUAUUAACUUACAAAAACUAAAAAAUCGCGUCGCGUUGUCGAAUCGCGUCCGGUGUGUAUGGAUCAUUAAACUUGAAUUUUGUUUCGUUUAGGUUAUUUUUAUUCACAGGAUUUCAAACAAAUAUGGCGGGUUGCCGAAGCUCUUGAUGUAGGGAUGGUAGGGGUGAACUCGGGAUUCAUUUCCUCUGAGGUCUCGCCAUUUGGCGGAGUGAAGCAGUCUGGUAUUGGAAGCGAGGCGUCCAAAUAUGGCAUAGACGAAUAUAUUGAUCUGAAGAGCGUUAAUUUUGGAGGAAUGUAGAAAUAAUCCUAACAAUUAUGAAGCCAGUUUCGUGAACAUUUUACAUUCUUCUUGUGAACAUUUUACAUUCUGGUGGUCAAUUUAGAUAUGCUGACAUUUAUAGUAGCAAACUAAUUUAACUAAACAGCUAUAUUUAAUCGACUUGCUACCAGCGACAAUAUAUGCAGGCGUUUUAUUUGAAGUGGGUGGAGCUGGCUCACCCUCCGCGUAUAUAGAUAAAUUGUAAAUGCUCAUAUAGAUAAUUGUAAAUGAAAUAGAAAUAAUCGAU